UCCGAGGGCUCCCUCCUGCCGUAACCAGUGUGUCCCGAGCUGGGCUUGGCUCGUGGUUCCGUGUCCCCGUUCCCAGUGCCGGGGUCAGCACGGCCCGGCUCUGUCCCCGUCACUGAGGUGCCCGUGCUGAUGGUGCUCCCAGACCAGAGCACUGACCCCACGUCCAGUCCUUCCCUGGACAUCUCCAGGGAUGGGGGCUCCACCAGCUCCCUGGGCAGCUCCUGCCCAUGUUUAACAACCCAUUCUGUGAGGAAAUUCCUCGUGGUGUCCUCAUAUCCAGGAGUAAAACUGGGAUGUAAGUACAAAGCAGGUAAUUUGCCAAUUACAGCUGGGGUGUUUUUGAAAAUGUGAUAUCUGGCACACAGAGCUUUGGAAUAAAGAUGCACAAGUAAACCUCAAUUUAUUGAAAAUACUGACCUGUCAAUAGCCACCUGCAGCUAGCAGAGGCCUUCCUUCUCCAAAUCCUUCUGGGGCUUGCUGAAUGAGCCAUGACGGCACCCCAGUGCACACACUGCACACGGGCUCUGUGCUCCAGCAGCUCUGCUCUUGCACUUGCACUUGGGCCAAGGUCACAUCCUCAUGUGCUGACACAUGCGGGCAGGGGCUGUAUUUUGGGAAUAAAAGCUGUGUGUGGAGCAGGAGGGCUCAGCCUGCCUCCUUCCCUGGUUCCUCUGCGCUUCUGAAAGGUGUCCUUACAAAUUUGUUAUUGGCAGCAAAUCUGCAGGUGUUUGCUUUCAGGGUGUGAGCAGGAAAAGCUUUCUUCAAUCCUUCAGAUGAGACAAAUAAACAGGGCCCAGAGCGGUGCUGUGCCAGGGAUGGACCUGUGCCUGGUUUCCUGAUCAGGCUGAUCCAAGUCAUUUUGCCAGCCAGGAGGCUGGCACAGAACUCCUGACAUCCAGACCUUCUUUGGUAUGAGAGUCUGUCUUAUCACAGCCUGAGGAGAUACAGGCUCUGCCGAGCAUGGGGGCUCCUUGUACCUCUCCUCAGAGUCCCCUGGAAUUCAUGUAAAGCAUCCAAACUGUAAAAGGACUAAAGCCACUUUUUCUAUGGAAUCUUUGACUUUUCCCGAGGAGAAGAGGAGCAGCCUUGCCAGGGGAAGAGGCAUGGAGGCACGAGCAGAGGAAUUGUUUGCACACACUCCCGGAGCUGCUAAAGCAGGCAAGACACAAAGAGAGAAUAGGAUCAAGCAUGGUGUGGGGAGAAACCCCCCUGCAUGGACAGGCUGUGAGCAGGUCCCUGUAGGGACCCCACAGGGACGGGGGCUCUCCCAGCCCUGAUCUGCCGGGCACGGGCUGUGCCCCUGCCGGCUCACCUCAUCCCAGAAGAUGCUGUGUCCUGCUGAGCACAGCAGCCCUCUCCACCCCUGGCAGCCAUCCUGCUCCCAGUGACACGGUGGCACCAUGGAGGCGCCUGGCCCUGUGCUGGUGACUCUGCUCUGCUGCUGCCUCCUGAGCUCGGCCUGGGCUCUGGUCGAUCCCGAUGAUGUUCUCACGAAAGAAGAGCAGAUCUAUCUCCUGGUGGAGGCCAAGGAAAAGUGUCAGAGGGAUAUAAAGGCCCAGCUGGAGAAGAUCAAAGACCCCAGCUGCCCUCCGGAGUGGGAUGGGAUCAUCUGCUGGCCAAGGGGCUCCCCCAGCCAGGAGGUGUCUGUGCCUUGCCCCGACUACAUCUACGACUUCAACCACAAAGGUCACGCCUACAGGUACUGCAGUGCCUAUGGCACCUGGGCCAUGGCUCUCAGCAUCAACAAGACCUGGGCCAACUACACGGAGUGUGCCCUGCUCUUCUCCUCCGAGAGCCGCAGCCGCCAGCGGGAGGUGUUUGACCGCCUGCACCUCAUGUACACCGUGGGCUACUCUAUCUCCCUGGCCUCCCUCAUCGUCGCCAUCUGCAUCCUCUCCUACUUCAAGCGCCUGCACUGCACACGGAACUACAUCCACGUGCACCUCUUCACCUCCUUCAUCUGCCGGGCCCUCAGCAUCUUCCUCAAGGACCUGGUGCUCUACUCGGGCACCACGCCCAGCGACAGCAGCAGGACACGGGAGGACGAUUUCAGGGGCCCCCUGCCAGGCCAGCGGGGCCACCUGGUUGGCUGCAAGGUGGUGGUGACCCUCUUCCUCUAUUUUCUGGCCACCAACCACUACUGGAUCCUGGUGGAAGGUCUCUACCUGCACAGCCUGAUCUUCAUGGCCUUUCUCUCCAACAAGAACUAUCUAUGGGUGCUCAUCAUCAUCGGCUGGGGUGUCCCUGCUGUGUUCGUGUCUGUCUGGGCCAGUGUCAGGGCCUCGCUGGCCGAUACUCAGUGCUGGGACCUCAGUGCAGGGAACAUGAAGUGGAUUUAUCAGGUCCCCAUCCUGACUGCUGUUGUGGUGAACUUCUUCCUCUUCCUCAACAUCGUCCGGGUGCUGGCCUCCAAGCUCUGGGAGACCACCACGGGCAAGCUGGACCCCCGGCAGCAGUACAGGCAACUGCUCAAGUCCACGCUGGUGCUGAUGCCACUCUUUGGAGUUCACUACGUGGUGUUCACGGCCGUGCCCUACACCGAGGUCUCCGGGCUCCUGUGGCAGAUCCAGAUGCACUACGAGAUGCUCUUCAACUCCUCCCAGGGUUUCUUUGUGGCUUUUAUCUACUGCUUUUGCAAUGGGGAGGUGCAGGCUGAGAUCAAGAAGGCUCAUUUCCGGAGGCUGCUGGCGCUGGACCUGCGGCAGCGGGGGCGCCCCGGGAGCUGCGGCAGGAGCCGGGCGGGCCGGGGGGCGGGGGGCACACGGGGGCUGCUGCUCCCGGCCCGGCCCCGCCCGCCCGGACACGUUCUCGGCGCCUCGGAGCAGCUGCUGCCCUGCCCCGGGCAGGAGCUGAGCCACAAACCGCGGGGGGAAACCACGGUGGAUCUGACAGACCUGACCCAGUGCCACCCCGAGCCCAACAAGGAGCUGGAGACGAUGCUGUGAGCGCAGGCUGGGUUUCUCACCUGGGCGUGCAGGUGUGCCUGGGAAGAUGCUGAUCCUGACUUCGGGCUCUGCUCACAUCGGCACAGAGCCAGGGAGGGCCAGCAGCCAGAACAACCCAGCCCCCUCUUCAGAGCCAGGCUGCCAAGGGACCACUGCUCUCGCUCCUCCUCCCCCGGCCCAAAAACGAGCCAUAAAACCUCAUUCUACUCCACCUGCAAGUGACUGAUGGGAUCUCUGUGCUUGCAAAGCCUGGAGUCUUCACCAGGAAACACCUCCGUGCUCACUCCUACCCCCACGGGGGGGGGAGGCGACUUCUCCAGGGCGGUUAAAGCCCACCCCAGAGCCCCACCCUGCCUCGGACCCCCUGGCCCAGCUCCAGCUCCAGCCUUGUCCAGCCCGAGGGAGCAGAGUGAACACCCACCCACAACCACAAACUGCAGCGGGGGCACUGGGCAGGGUGGGAUGGAGGAGGCAGGACAAACACGGCCUGGAAGGUGCAGGGAAGACCUGGAUCCCCAACACUUUAUCCAUUAUCACAAAGGCCCCUGCAUGCAACAGCCAUGGCCCUGUCAUCCCACUGCAGGCUGAGAGGUGAAUAAAGGGAAUCUGUCUGCCUUCUUCCCAUCC